UAAAAUGAUGAACGUCCAACAAGAGCUCGAAGAGCUUAUGCUUACCUAUGAGGGGGUCUGCGCAAUCUUCAUCACUGAUCACGAUGGAGGUCUCAUUCUGAAUAUCGGUCUUCCAUCGACAUUGGAUAAUUCUAGAUUCAGGCAACAGCUGAUUGUCAGUCACGUGACAACAAUCCCUCAAAUUCACAAACUCGACAUGGGAGGUCAUCAAACAACCUUUGCAUUGUACGAGUCCCACCAAAUUGCUGUUCAUUCUAUUGACAAGUAUUAUUUCAUUGUUCACGCUGGAACCAACACGAACACUGGCGCCAUGCUCUCUUUGCGUGAGAAAUUAUUUCCCAUCGGCAGUCAUAUGAUGUCACUUUGCCCACCAAUUGAUGGAGAUGCUCUUUUACCACCACCAUCGUACCCUUCUGCAGCUGCACCUCCCCCAGAUUUCGACUAAUAAUUAUGUGGUGGCUGCUCUCAUUUUCCUGUGAUUCCAUGAUUCGAUAUCUUUACUCAGCUUUUCAAGUUCAUGCCAAUCUUAAAAAACCAAUCUAACUUUUCUUGUUUUCAAAUUAUCAUACCCAAUAACCGUAUUUCCUGUAAAAACCUUCCCAGUUUUCUAUUGAUUCUCAUCAAGAAUAAAAUUAAAUUG